UCAAAUAGAAAAACUUGGGCCCAAAAAUAUGCCUUUCCAAAAAUCCCCAACUAAUUAACAGCCCCUUUAUGUCCAUUCUAAUUACUAAAUAUUUAUUUUUAGUAGAUAAUUGGCCUUCAAUUAAUUUAUCUCCCUCAACUAAUUGUUUACGUGUUAGUUCAAGUGGUGUUGAUAUAAGUAAUUCAAGUAGUGGAUUUAACGAGAAUUUUUCGGACACAACAGAACUUAGACUUAAAAGGGAUAGAAAAUGGUGGAACAGAACAGCAGCUUCUUAUUGUUUUCUUUUUAUUUCUAUUAUUUUAAGUUUAUCUGUGGUAAUUGGUGUUUGUUUAUUUUUACAUUCAUUUAUUCCAAAAGAUUAUUAUAACAAAAAUAUUAUUAAAAUUAAUGAAAAUAAAACAAUAAAUUCAACAAAUAAUUCUUCAAAUAAUGAAAUAAAAUCGUUAAAGGUUUAA